AGAUAAACUACAUUACCCACAAAGCACCUCUUCGUAGAUUAUGGGCACUCACUGCAGCUAAGCUCACACAGUAAGAAGAGGACAACCUAAACGCUAUGGCCAUAACUUGGAUCAAUACUCUGGAAUCAAUGAUUUUAGCUAAACUGACCAGCUCUCAGUACCUGUGAGUCUUCAAUCGCAGUGUCUCAAGAGCCUUUUGGUGAGCGAGUCAUUCCUCGUCUUUGCUUUUCUCUCUAUAGUUCAUAUCUUUCACACAGCAUCUCAGCGUAAAUAUCCAGCUUCUAAUCGUAUCUCUUGACCCAACCUUGGAGAAGUAUAGCACAAUGAGUGACCUCAAAGAAAAGGAUGCUCCCAACAGUCUGUCUAAUAGAGAUAUGAUUGAACUCCCAGAUGACCUCUCCCUGAGCGACUCUGACUCUGAUGAACCCACAGAGCAUUUCGGCAGAAAGGUUGAGGACUUGUCAUCAUCCUCAGAGGAUGAAGGUGAGACUCAGCAGCAUGUCAAGUCUGUUCCUCAAGAAAAUCCCACCUUCAGACUGACAGGUGGGAGCUCUGGUUUCUGUGAUCGGAGCAAGGACAUCUUUGCACAGUUGGAUAGUGCAGCAAAGCUCACAUCUAAGGAUCUUGGUGAAGACAACAUUCUUGAUGGCAUGUUUGCCCGUCCUGCUCCACCGUCACCUCCACAGGCAGCUCAAGGGAAGUGUGGUGUUGGCCAAGAGGCAACUAAAAAACAACCUCCAGGUAAAAAACUCCCAGACUACUUAGCAAACCCUGAGCGCUGGACCCGCUACAGUCUUGAAGAUAUUGCUGAAACCAGUGAUAGAAAGAAUAGUCAGGUCGCUCAUGAGUACAUUCAGGAACUUCAAGACAGCCGGAGGUCUCCAAAAGCCACGCUGGAGGCUUUCACUCCAACUUUCAACCAGGAUCACAGCAGCAGCAGUGAUAAUAAGAUUGUGUUCACUAAACCCAAAAGCAAAGAUCAAAGUGGGAGCAAACUUCACCAUGCUAAGAAGGAAACAGUUGGCCUUGAACACUUGGAUGAUCAUCCCAUUCCAUGGGGCAAUAAAGAGAAAAAAAGGAAGUGGGGGUCUGAGAAAGAGGAAGAAGACAAAAUGGUGUCCAGUCCUGUCUUCAACAGUGGCAAGAAAGUAAAUCGCAAACACUUCCGUAAAACACUGGAAGAGGACGAAGGUGGCGCAGAGUGAGCACUUUGAACAUACAUAUUUAAAACUGCUGUUUAAAUGUCUAUGUACCUCAAACUUAAUGUUGUUUUGUAAAGUGAUUUGACCAUCCAAUUAUCAUGGUUUAGGCUGUAUUAUCCAUGAAAAGCUCUUGCGGUCAUACUGUACAAGGAAUUUCUCAAAGGAUAGCAAAAAAAUAACCCACAUCUAUAGAUUUAUAACCUGUAUGCAGUGGUAUCAGUGGUUUAGUGUGUAUUCAAUUAUUCUGUGGUCAUUUUUAUGACCACUUUUAUGAAUAAAUUUGACUAUGUUGUGUACUUUGAGAUCACAUUAAAUAAGUGUGCUUUGUCUCAAUGUUGGUCGAAGUGUUUGCUCAAUGUUUUGCAUGGUCAUGCAAAUGAGGAGAUUAAUUCCACUUCUGGUACUGCAGCACAAGGCUAGACGAAAAAUGGACUUUGAGGACCCACUGUACACCAUUCUUGGGCUCGGGACAGUUUUCCCCCUCAUCUGUAGAGCAUGUGUGUUUUAGGAAAUUAUUACAUUUCAAAGUUUUGAGAAUGAUAUUCAGGUAUUUUCAGAGAAACCAAAUGUUUGGUGGUUUCACCAACUUUGACAACUUUCUCCUUUUUUAAUGACCUUUAUGAUCCUGGUAAACCUGGACAAAUCAAGGUAUUGCAAAAGUAUAAUUUGCGGAUCUAGAAAAGUCAUUGAAAUUUAUAUAGUCUGAAUAAUUCUUAGUAGUUAUACUUGGUUAUAAAGUAUUUAAUUGGAUUAAAAUACUUUUUGUGAAUGCA